AUGUGUGAAGGGACCCUGAAGAACGUUUGUGGAAACACUGAGAGAAAAACUGACUUCAUUCAUCCUGUGUUUGCCCUGUUAAUCAGGAGCAAUGUGUGCCACAGUCUUUGUUAUCUGACAAGCAGUCUUCUUGGUCUGUUUACAUUCUGUCUGUCCUUUCUUGCAGCCUGUGCCAUCUCAGGCGUGUGGAACUGUGUCACUGUGAACCCUUUAAACAUUGCUGCCGGAGUGUGGAUGGUGUUGAACGCCUUUGUGCUCUUCCUGUGUGAAGUACCGUUUUGCUGCCAGUUCGUAGAGUUUGCUAAUGCCGUUGCAGCCCGUGCAGACAAAUUCAGACCCUGGCAGAAAUCCUUGUUCUACUGCGGGAUGGCUCUGUUUCCUGUGUUCUUGAGUUUCUCCUUUACAACCUUGUUUGGAAACGCCAUCGCCUUUGCCACAGGAGUCCUGUAUGGACUUGCUUCUUUAGGCAAAAAGUAAGAUAUUUGUAAUUUGUU